GUGAUCAUGCGGACAGUGGUGCUCUUCCUCAUAAUGGGAUUAGUGGAUCUGAGCAUUGGACAGCGUUACAGUAACUUCCAGUGGUUGUCCCAUCUGCGAGGACGUUGGCGGAGUGGUGGCUGGUGGGCUGAGGACAUGGACUGCCCCCUGGAGUGUGACUGCCCCUCAGCCUACCCUACAGCUAUGUACUGUCAUAACCGCAACCUUCAACAUGUUCCUUAUGUCCCCUCACAUAUAAAGUACGUCUACCUACAGCGUAACCAGAUCACAGGCAUCCAGGAUGGAGUGUUUGACAAUGCUACAAGCUUGAUCUGGGUCGUUUUGUUCCACAACCAGCUCAGCUCAGACAAGAUCGGCAAGAAUGUUUUCAGCAAGCUCAAAAAUCUGGAUCGACUCUACUUGAACCACAAUGAGCUUACCCGUGUGCCUCCCAACUUGCCUAAGUCCAUCACAGACCUGCGACUUGGUCACAACAAGAUUUCAAAGAUCUCUGGCUCAUUUGAGGGAAUGACCAACCUCACCAACCUUCAACUCCACGCAAAUUUUAUAGAAGAUGUUGGAGGUGCCUUCAAGGGACUGAAGUCAUUGACAAUGCUGGAUAUGAGAAAAAACAAGCUAAAGAAAGUCCCUGAGAACCUGCCUGCACGGCUGCAGCAGCUGUACCUGGAGUUCAACAACAUAGAGGCUGUACCAGCAGGCUUUCUCAGCAUGUGCCCCAAGCUGCAGUUUGUCCGGUUGGCCCAUAAUAAGCUGACCGAUAAAGGACUUCCAGCCAAUGUCUUCAAUAUCAGCACUUUAGUUGAGCUUGACCUUUCCCACAAUAAACUGGAGAGGAUCCCCACAGUCAGUCGGAACCUGGAGAACCUUUAUUUGCAAGCAAAUACAAUCAAAGAGUUCUCCUUGGGCAGUUUCUGCAGCACUGUAGACAUGAAAACCUUCUCCAUGCUGAAAAUGCUCCGGUUGGACGCCAAUCAGAUCAAUGCCAAAGACAUUCCUGCUGAAGCAGCCUACUGUUUGCGACGUGUUGCUUUUAUUGAUGUUUAG